AUGGGCGACUUUUCAAUAGAGAAGAUCCUAAUAUCGGGCGCCACUUUAGCCUCCCUUCUCCACCGCUCAUCUGCCUCCUCCGGCGACCUUCACGGCUUCCUCUUUGGCCAUGUUGUCUUCUCCGACUCCAUUCCCCUCUCUGACGACGACACCACCAGCAGCAGCCCAUCUCUCACCGCCACCAUCACCUCUUUCAUCUCCCUCCCCUCCCACCUCCCCCUACCGCCGCCGAUCACUCUAUCCUUCUCUUCCACCCUUCUCGGCUGGUUCUCCGCUCGCCGCAAAACCCCUCUCCGUCCCUCACUCAAAGACUCCUUAACCACUCUUUCUCUCUCCUCUUCCUGUUCUCUCGCCUUCACUCCACACAAUUCCACUGCUUUACACCCGCCAUCUCUGUUUCUCCUCUUAACCACACCGCUUCAAGAUAAGUUAAUCCACACCCAUGAGUAUAAGACCUAUGAGUACUGCAUUCCCAGCAAAAGCUUUGAGCCCAAGAGCUUGAGUAUUAUUAACAUUGGUCCAUUUUUUCGAUCCCAUUACGAUUCUUUCAGCCCCAAUGCUCCUUUCCCUUUGAUCAACUGCGACUUGAGAGGCUCUAAUGCAAUGGUGGAGGAUGAAGAAGGUGAGACUUUGGAGGCCAUAAGGAGGGCUUUGAAAAAUCAGAAGAAGUUGGAUAUGUGUGCAGAGGGGUUUGAAAUUAGGAGGAUGAGUAAACUAGUGGGCUCUGAGGCCGCUAUUUACAUGGGUGAGUUGGAGGAUUUGUAUGAUAAAAUGCUUUGCAAGAUUGAUGCACUGUCGAAAUUGGUGGAGCAGACCUCUGUUAAGGUUGUUGGUCAGGAGAAUCAAAAUAUGAAAUUGAGGUACAAGGUUGCUGGCAUGGAAUAA